AUGGGAAAGUAAUGUCACUACUCACCCACCACACCGCUACACUCAUUCACACGUGACUCACGUGACUAUCUCCUCUCAAAUCCCCUUGUUGUUCCCUCCGCCCAAAAUCCUAACCGAAAAACAAUCUCCAACACUUCUCUCUCUCUCUCUCUAUUCUCCACCUAUCAACAAUGGCGGCCUCUCUCUCAAUCUCAAGGCUCCUCACAGCUCCAUCAGCCACUCUCUGCCUCUCCACCACCGCAACUGCUUCUCUCUUCCCAUCCAAAACACUACUCUCCUCUCGUCUCUCUUUCACUUCCUUCGCCCUCAACAACCGCCACCUCCCAAAGCCACUCCGUUUCUCCACCGCUAAAUCAACCUCAACAAUCUCCGCCACAAUCGCCGUCGGCGACAAGCUUCCGGAAUCAACCUUGUCUUACUUAGACGCCGCCGGAGAAGUCCAGACCGUCACCGUCUCUGACCUCACCAAGGGCAAGAAAGCCGUACUCUUCGCCGUUCCCGGCGCUUUCACCCCGACCUGCUCGCAGAAACACCUCCCCGGAUUCGUGGAGAAGUCAGCGGAGCUGAAAUCGAAAGGCGUGGAUACCAUCGCCUGCAUUUCGGUGAACGACGCCUUCGUGAUGAAGGCUUGGAAGGAGGAUCUGAAGGUAAACGAUGAGGUUCUUCUGUUAUCCGAUGGAAAUGGGGAUUUCACUAGGGCAAUUGGUGCGGAGCUAGAUUUGAGUGACAAGCCAGUCGGGCUCGGAGUUAGGUCUAGGAGAUACGCACUAUUGGCCGAAGACGGCGUCGUUAAGGUCCUCAAUUUGGAGGAAGGUGGUGCCUUCACCUUUAGCAGCGCCGACGAUAUUCUCAAAGCCCUUUAAGUUUAAUCUCGGCUCUUUUCAAAGGUAUUUUCUGUUUAUUUUUUUUUACUCUUUAGAAUAAAUGUUAGUGUACGGACGUUAUGAGCUUUCCGGUCAGGCAGUCAUGGAAAAAUGUUGUUGAGCUUUUGGUUUCAGAUAACAAUGUCAGAAAUGUGGUUCAUAUUUAUAUUAUGAUAAUGAUGGUGAAAUGGGUUAGUCCAGUAGUCUUUUGAUCUUUCAAUAAGGCUCAAAUGAAGUAGAUUAACAACAUAAUUCAUUGUUAAAUUUGAUACGUUCAAUUCAAAAUGUUGUUUGUUUGGAUU